UCACGUGUGCACGAGUUGUGUGAACACCUAUGCUGUAUUCUCGAAUGUAUCAUUGCGUCAGUUGCUGCUGUGCUGGUAUUUCCGCCAAGACUUUCUUUCACUGUAUGGGGAUGUGCUCGAUCGAGCAUUAAGGAGUGGUAUCCUGAAUUAUACAACCCUAUAAUUAAUCAUGUUAAACCGAUGCGGUGUUCUUAUGAAGUGGUUUUUCCUCUAUAUUCUCUACCGUUUGUGUAUCUGUUGUUUCUUUUAUUUUCUGUUCUGUGCUGCCGCUCGAUACUAUACAUUUUCGUUUUGAAGCGAAACAGAGAUGCGAAAGCAUUUUAUUAUGCUCUCCUGUCUAUCCCUAAGAUUGCAGUCAUACAUGCCCUUUUGGCUGGUGUGCUCUAUCAAUCGUAUCCGUAUAUCGUGAUGUUGUGGAGUUUAUGCGCAAAUGCAGUGCAUUUAGCUGCAGAAGGCAAAAUAUCGAUGAAGGAGAUUACAAAAGUCGUUUGCACCUCGCCGAUGCACAUGGUGAUGCUUACGGUCAACAUGACUCUCCUGGCAUUUUCUCUGCUGGCUAUCUCGGCUCAAAAGUGA